AUGACUGCAACCCUUCUAGACGACUUGAACUUCGCAACCGCUUGCCGGGUAGCAUUUGCUGGGUUCCUUCGCUUCGGAGAAUUUACCAACAAGACAGAAGACCACGGCACACGUCCUAUCUUCUUAGCCACAAAGCUAACGCGCUCCGGCGUCAGAUUCUCGUCCUCGUUCGACCACGUGCAACUCACACUCAAGCGGAGCAAGAUGGACCGCUGCCACGAAGGAGCAUAG